GUGGCCAUUUCUACAAUCGUUGGAUUUUUAACCUAGAUCGAUUUGAGGGCCUGGUUGAAACGCAAUAUGUCACAUGGACAUCACCCGGUUUAGCGCUGAGAAAAGAGGUACUUCUUUCUGGAAUCCAACAGUCAAAGGGAAUUUGAAUUGAAGCUCCGACUGCGCGGAGUUGCCACAGCGCACAGAUAAACCAAAACGCAAAGUAGCCUAUUUCACCGUCACGAAGUGACAUUUUUAAGAAUCCCGUUACCUGUCAAGACGGAUAUGAAUACCAACGAUGCAAAGGAGUAUCUCUCAAGAAGGGAGAUACCCCAACUGUUUGAGAGCCUGCUGACAGGUUUGAUGUACUACCGUCCAGAAGACCCUAUCGAUUACCUGGAGACCUGCUUGAAGAAGGUGCGAGAGCUGGGAGGCACAGACAAAGUCAGAUGGGACACCUUUGUGGGUCAAGAGAAGAAAUCUUUGCCUCCCCUGAAUGGAGGCCAGUCGCGGAGGUCUUUCUUUCGAAACGUUAUGCCCGACAGCCCCAACUUCCCCUAUAGACGAUAUGAGCGGCUCCCGCCUAUCCAUCAGUUCUCCAUCGAAAGCGACUCAGACCUUUCGGAAACGGCAGAGCUCAUUGAGGAGUACGAGGUGUUUGACCCUUCUAAGCCUCGUCCCAAAGUUAUCCUUGUCAUCGGUGGCCCUGGCAGCGGCAAAGGCACGCAGAGCUUGAAGAUCGCGGAGCGCUACGGCUUCGAGUACGUGUCCGUGGGGGAGCUGUUGAGGAAGAAGAUGAUACACAACGCCACGUGUAACAGGAAGUGGAGUCUGAUCGCCAAGAUAAUCACCAACGGGGAGCUGGCCCCACAGGAAACAACCAUAACUGAAAUCAAACAGAAAAUCAUGAAGAUACCUGAUGUCACUGGAAUUGUCAUUGAUGGCUUCCCCCGUGAUGUUGGACAGGCUCUAUCAUUUGAGGAUCAGAUCUGCACCCCGGACCUGGUCGUUUUCCUGGCCUGUACAAAUACCGGCCUGGUGGACCGGCUGAAGAAGAGGGCUGAGCAGCAGGGUCGCCCUGACGACAACCCCAAGGCCACCGAGCGCCGCCUCACCAACUUCAAGCAGAACGCCGUCCCACUGGUCAAGUACUUCCAGGAGAAAGGACUAAUAGUCACUCUCGAUGCGGACAGGGACGAAGAAGACGUCUUCUUUGACAUCAGUCUGACCGUGGACAACAAACUCUUCCCCUCGAAAGAGCCAGUGGCUGGCCCCAGUGAACUUGACCUCAGCGUCCUGUCAGAAACGACAAGUUUAACUGAGGCAGAUGAUCCGUGCAAAUUUGAUGAGCAGGCAGAUGAGGAGGAGGCCGCAUGUGCAGGGAGUUCAACAGCCACAGUUGGUCUUCCUGUGGAAUUGAAGAAACCAAAGGUCAUCUUCGUGAUCGGUGGCCCUGGCUCGGGGAAGGCUCUGCAUUGUGAGCGUCUGGAGGAGCGCUAUGGCCUGAGGCGGCUGACCCCGGGGGAGAUCCUGUGCAACGAGCUGCAGUCUCACAGCGAGAGGAGCCGCUACCUACGGGACCUGCUGGAGGGAGGAGAGACACUGCCCGAGGACACACUGUUGGACUUACUGUGUGAGUCCAUGGCUGCACCAACGCGUCACGGAAAGAACUUUCUAAUCAGCGGUUUUCCACGGGAUCUGCGUCAGGCAGAGGAGUAUGAAGCCAAGAUGGGCCAGCCCAGUGUGGUGCUCCUGCUGGAGUGUUCGGCCGACACACUGACCGGUCGGCUGCAGCAGCGUGCCAGGACAGCGCUGCGCUCGCGGGUCGGCCGAGAUGCGGGCCAGGACGUCCAGAAGAGGGUGGAGAGCUUCUGCAGCUGCAGCCGGCCGGUGGUGUCUCACUACAAACAUAAAGAACUGCUGCACAAGAUUGAUGCGGAGAGGCCCCCUGACGAGGUGUUUGAGCAGAUCUGCAGGGUACUGGACAGCUGCUAGAGGAGGCCAGGCAGGCGGAGGGAGGGAGGCACUCUGCUCCUGGAGGGAGGACCACAGUUGCACUGGUGCCCCCAAGUGGAGCAGAUGCUCAAGUUCUUCAUCGGAGGAGCUCACACGCCAUGUAACAUCAAGGCACACACACAACUCCAGCAACAUCUUUUGAGAGA